ACAACUGUUUAUUAUUGGACAGUAAAUUAUCUUUUUAGCAAAAAUGUUGCUUCUCAAAUUGAGUCAAAUUGAGCUUCAAUCCAUCAAUAGUCCUGAUUACUGUUCAAAAAUUACUGUGUAAAAAUUCAAACAUUCAAGCAAAUUGACUCGGAUAAAUGACUGAUACUAUCAGGCUGAUAAUUGAAUUGAAUUUUAUGGUAAUUAAAAGUAAACCUCUACAAUAAACAACAAUGACAGAUGGACUUAACACAAUUCACAACACGAUUCACUUAAUGUACAAAUGACGAUAUUUACCACAGGUAACCAAGGAGUCUCUACUGACUACCGUAAUCAAAUACGCCUACCAUUUCAGUCCAUCGAUUCUCAAGACUACACGAGCAAUUCUCAUCUUCUGCAUGUAAUCAUGACUCUCAUUGAAUUCUGUGGCUGUGCUUUAAUAGCUUUUGGUCCUCCCAUGACAAUGUUUUGCUUGACAGUGGCCAAUAAUCCAAUUUAUAUUAUCAUAAUGAUCUCAUCCUGUUUCUUUUGGUUAUGUGCGCUCUUGACGUCCUCCUUUUUGUGGGCUAUUGUUGUACCCCUGAAAGAAACGCUCGCGUUUGGUGUGAUUUUUUCUGUUUUGAUUCAAGAAAUAUUCCGAUACUUAUUUUACUACAUUCUCAAAAAAGCUCAAACUGGACUGCAAAAAGUCUCUGAAGUUGGAAAUAAAGGAUCAAUCCAAUCAAUUAGAUGGCUAUCAUUGUCUUAUGUCUCUGGUUUUGGUUUUGGCAUCAUGAGUGGUGCUUUUUCUCUUGUUAAUGUGCUUGCUGAUGCUACCGGUCCAGGAACAGUGGGUCUUUAUGGCGAUUCACCUAAAUUUUUCAUAUCAUCAGCGUUCAUUACUUUAACUUUUAUUUUACUACACACAUUCUGGGGAAUCAUAUUCUUUGAUUCAUGCGAUAAAGGAUGUAAAUAUAGAAUUGCCUAUGUAAUUCUUUCUCAUCUAACUGUAUCAUCACUGACUUUUUUCAAUCAGCUUCAAUUCUACUUGGCCUCAUUGAUUCCUUGUUACCUGAUAACAAUAAUUACCGGCGUAAUUGCUUAUCAAUGUUCUGGUGGUACACUUAAAUCAUUGAAAGAGUGUUUGCCUUUCUCUUUGGGGUGAAAGAAUUUAACUCUAUGUAAAUUAAUUGCCUAGUCGACCCAGGCAGAAGCGCCUGGAACACGAGCGGGACAAUUCUGAUUUUGUUUUAUGCUCGUUCACAUAAAAAUAAUAAAAAUGCGACCAGAAACGCUUACCACAAGUAAA